AUGCCGCCGCCGCUCCUUCCUCCUCCUCCUCCUCCUCCUGCUCCCCCUGUUGCUCGCAGCGUCGACGACGGCGGUGCGUGGGCGUCGCGCCUGCUGGGCCAACCGGUGGCCGCCGCCUGCGCAGACGGUUGCGGUGCGAGUGCGGCGUUGCAUCCGCGUCAGUGUUGCUACGCAGAGGGUCUGCUGCGCCGCAUCAUCGAGCUGGAACGCGAAAACGACGUGCUGCGCGUUGCGCUGCUGGAGGGGUCGGAGCGGCGCCUGCGGCAGCGGUUUCGCGCUGGCCCCGGCCCCGACAGCGGCUUCGCUCCUGACACGCAGUUCUCCGCGAAGCAGCAGCAGCAGCGGCUUCUCCAACGCGUGCAGGAGAUAGAGAGGAACGCCAAGAGGUGCUUUCAGGAAGAGUUGGAAAAACUGCAGAAACAGCACACAGCGGAAGCGACUGCCGCUGCUGCGGCGCAAAGCGGUACGAGAGGCGCGUCCUACGAGUCCACGCUUGCGCAGUCGGAGCGGCGGCGUUGGAAGGAGCACGUGCGGCACACGGUGGAGGAGCUGGCCCUGCUGCACCGCGAAAAGGAGCAGCAGGCCGCUGGUGUUGCCGCGGCGUCCGUGACAGCCACGGCGGAGGGCAGUCGAUGCCGUCGCGCGCGGGCUGAAGGUUGCGGCGGCGACGACAGUCGCAUUGCCGCGCUGCAAGCGGAGGUGGAGCACUGGAAGUGCGAGGCGGAAGCGGCACGCGCGGGCGCCAGGCUGUUCCAGGAGCAGGCGCUAAAGGAGCUGCAGCACAUGCAGGCCGUCUACCAGCAGGCGCUGGGGGAGGGGCAGUCGGCCUCUGCGGGCCCUGAUGCAGCGCCCGUGGCCGCCGCCCUUCCCACCGCGAGCCGCCCUGCCCCAGCACGCACCCGCGCGGAAGAGGACGACGGCAAAGGCGGGGCGGAGGGCACUCGGUCAGCCACCCGUGACUCGCCCCGCCGCGCCUCUUUCUCGUUGUCCCACGCCACCCCACGCGACCCGGUGGGAGGCGGCAGCGCGGCGGCACUUGACCUCCUCGACGCCGCGCUGGGCCCAGCGGGGGCGAAGCCGCAGGAAGGCGCACGGCGGCGGUCGUACCACUCCGACGUGUACCUUCGGCAGGAUAGCUCCGCCAGCGACGAGCGGGUGCCUGACACAUUUUGA